GACUAGUCAUGUCGUGUUUCGAACUCCCAGUCAUGUAUUUUUCAUUCCUAUAGCUAGUGCAUAAUUAUAGUGAACGAAGUUCAAACUAACAAUUUAGAUUAGAUAGUACACCCUUAAAACAAAGUAAAAAAAAAGAAUUCAUAUAGUUUGCACCGAGUAAAAUUGUUGUGACACUAUCGCCCACUGUCAAGCUAACCUGCCAAACGUUAAGUUCCAACAAAACUUGGCAAUCUAGAUUACAAUCUAAUUACCAAUUACCCCGAAGAACAAAACUUUUUCUCGUGUGUUACAGCGUACUAUAAAGUAGUUGCUACUAAUCAAUUUAUACAGGCAUUUUGAGUUAACUCUGUUUUGAAAUUUGAACCGUAAGAAGGAUAUAGCAAAAUCAAACAUCCCUCAAAGAAUGUCAUUUCUUACCCAGUUAGCCUCAGCAGUGGCCACCAACUUAGUGAAUUCAUUGACAUCUUCCAAUAUCAUAGACCCAGUAAAGGUUAUUGAAGUUUCUUCCACUUCACUUGUUACUAGAAAUAUUUGUAAAAGAGAUCAAUGUAUAGUACUAUAUGGAAAGGGUGUGGGUACGAAUACUGGCUUUGAGCUGAUCAUGACAGGCAGUAGAGACAAAGUUUAUAGUCUUUGCAGGUCUGCUGAAGUAACAUUUGUAGAACACCAUUUUGAAAUGGCUAGAGACAAACUUCCAUACCUUACAAGAAUAUCAACCGAGCUUUGUGUGCUUCCCCAACUACAAGAAGUCUGGUCUCUUAUAACAACUAAUCCAUUCUGGACUGCUGCACACAUAGUUGCCCACUAUGGUUUACAAGAAGGCUUGAAAGAGCCGUCCUUUUUGGCUCUGCUGUGCAUCAUUGACGAAUCCACUGGAAUGACGCCGAUGCACGUAGCAGCCAAAAACGGGAAAGCCGACUUCGUCAAGGCUGCAAUUGCUGCUAUGUCUGGAAAUGUCCAGUUUGAUGAAGGGGAUGCUAAAGGAAACACUGUAUACCAUUACGCUGCAAUGGCAAACAAAGAAACGGUCGAAGCGUUAGCUUUUUGUGCUUUAGAUGGGACAAUUAACUCCAGGAAUAAAGAAAAUCUGACGCCGCUCCAUCUAGCCUGUCAGGCUGAUAAACCUGAUUGCGUUAAAGCACUUAUUGCUGCUGGGGCAAAUAUCAAUGUGGCCAGCAACGAAGAAGGCUCUAUCGUUCAAACUGCGGUCGCGAAUAGUUUUGCAUGUGCUAAAGAAAUUCUUACUGCAUUCCCCAAUCAGCUUCAUGUCAAAGACAUGAAAAACGGAGGUACACCACUACAUUGGGCUACUACAAAAGAAGUUGUUAUGGCUCUUGUAGAAUUGGGCUGUUUCAUCGAUGCUCGGAAUUUUAGUGGCCAGACUGCUUUACAUGUAAUGGUACAGCGAGAUCGAUUUGAAUGUGUUGUCGCACUGUUGAGUUGUGGUGCGGAUCCAAAUUUAGUCGAUUCUAAUGGCAAUUCACCGCUUCAUUUAGCUUCUAGUUCUGCAAGCCUGUUAAUAAUUCAGGCUUUGUUAGUAUUUGGAUCGGAUGUGAACAUGCUGAACGAUCGGGGUGAAUCCCCACGCCAUUUAGUCGCAGGAAGGGGUUCUAGUAGUGGUCCAGCAUUACUCUACUGUCUUCAUGCUGUCGGGGCAAAACGGUGUUCCCAGAAGGCGCCGAAAUGUGUAGAUGGAUGCAGUCCUACUGGGAAAGAUGACGGCCAAUCAUCUAGUGCAGACCAAAUUCCACGUUCCCGUCACCUAUUUGAUGCCAUGCUUCAUCAGGUUUGCCAACAUUCCGCAACCGCUAAUCAAGCACCGAAAUCAAUCGUUGGUGGACGUGUUUUGUGUUUAGAUGGCGGAGGGAUUCGUGGUUUGAUCCUUAUCCAAAUGUUGGAAGCUUUGGAGUUAAUCCUUGGUGGUCCGGUAAUCCAGCAUUUUGACUGGAUCUCUGGAACUAGUACGGGCGGGAUUCUUUCACUAGCAUUAGCAUGCGGAAAAUCUGUUCGUGAAUGCAAAUCGAUGUAUUUUCGGUUUAAAGACCAAGUUUUCGUCGGUAAACGGCCUUAUAACGCUGAUUGUUUGGAGGGAUUCCUGAAAGCCGAAUUUGGCGAGCGAACUAUGGCAGAUAUCACAGGUCCUAAAUUAUUUGUCACUGCCGUGAUUGCUGACAUGAUUCCCGCUGAUCUACAUAUGUUUCGGAAUUAUACAUCGCCACAGGAUCUGUUGAGUCUACCUGAAGCAACGGUAUCUAAAAAACCCGAAGAACAGAUGGUAUGGCAGGCUGCUCGGGCUUCUGGGGCAGCACCUACUUAUUUCAGAGCCUUUGGUUCGUUUCUUGAUGGCGGCCUGAUUGCAAAUAAUCCGACGUUAGAUGUAUUGACUGAAAUACAGGAGUACAACUCGGUUAUGAACGCUUUAGGCGCAGGAAGUUCAAUUCCACCCAUGUUGGUGGUUUCCCUGGGCACAGGUUGCAAACCCACUGAGCUGGUGACAAGUAUUGAUGUUUUCCGCCCAGAAGGUUUGAUUGAUGCUGCUCGUUUAGCAUGGGGUGCGUCCGCUUUUUUAAAACUACUGGUUGAGCAGGUGACCUCCACUGAUCGACGGGUGGUAGAUCGUGCCAGAAGCUGGUGUAGUAUGAUUGGCUGUGCAUAUUUUCGGCUGUCUCCUUGCUUUACGAAAGAUAUCGCUCUAGACGAGACCCGCAGCGAACAAUUAAUCCCAAUGCUUUGGGAAACUAAAGCUUUUAUCCACUGUCAUACUGCCGACUUCAAAAAGAUUGCACAACUGCUGAAGGCCUAGAUUGAAUUGAACGUUUCGUGUUCUCUCGUUAUGUAACAUUUAAAAUUGGCAAGUAAAGCGAGGUUUGUUUUUCUGGCAAAAGUUGGAUUGGCAAACGAAAUACACUUUCAUUGCAUGAA